UCCCAGGCCCACAGUUCGAGGCGCCGAUUGAAGAUUUCUCCAUGGCUUUUCUCACCGGCGAGGCUUCUCCGGCAGCAGCUUUCCUCUAGAUUGGCGAUCUCUGGUGUCUUCCGGUUCCGUUCCGGCUCUUCCGGCGUUGCUUCCGGUUUGUUUUUCCGGCGCUUUUUCGUUUUCUUACCGGCGUGGUCCGGCGUUUUUCCGAUGGUCUUUCGGUCUUGUAUGUGUCUUCCUCCUGUUUCCGGAGAGAUGGCUGGUUCCUCUUGGGUGGUAUCCCAGAAGCCUGCGCAUCUUCUUUCGUCGACCCUCCUCACCUCUCUCGGACUGAAGCUUCCUCCAGAACCGACAGUUAAUCCACCUCCACCACCGUACCCUCCAGUACCCCCAAAUCCACCGGAUUCUCCACCAAGGCGUAGAUGCUUAGAGGCUCUCGUCACCACUUCGCUGUCUCACUCGCUUCACCUCAUUCUCGACGCAGCUCUCGCCGGAUUCUCCUUGGAUAAGGAUCAGAUCUGUUCUCUCUUCAGCGAGCAUCCUUGGAUUCCAAUGUCUCCCCUCCCCUUCAACUUGACGUCAGAAGCAACCUUUACAGAUGAUAGAAGAGCAUCAAGACACCUUUGCCUGUCUUCCCAACGCAUCAUGGACGUCUAUGUCCAUUGGCUACGGGAUGGGGUGGUUCAUGGAGGCAUGGAGGACCCACUUAAGGCAUCGAUCCAAUUUGGAUCAUCUCUCCGACCCGUUGUCUCCUUUGCUCUGGUAGAGGAACUUGCUUUGAAGGUGGCGAUCAUCGCAGCCUUAGCGGUGGGUGUCUCAAGGAUGGCUUAUUAUUCGGAUUGGCAAGAAUUCCCCCUUCUUCUCAAUGUCGGUGGCCAUGCAUUUGCAGUUGACGAUUUCAUUGCUGAUAUCAAACGUAUGAAGACCAAGACUCUCCGUCUUCGUUUCCUUUUGUUGUUGCGUUUUGAAAACGCCUUUGCUUCAUGUAUUUUCUCCUCCUUCUAUGGAGUUUGA